UAGGCAAAUUAGAGUAGUAGGGGGAAAAACCGGCAAUUGAACGGCGAGAGGAUAGUGGCGGAGUAAAAGAGCAGGAAAAUGGCGGCGGCGCGGUUAGCGGCGGGGACUGGUUUGGUAAAGCUACCUCCAGUAACGUUUGUGACAGGAAACGCGAAGAAGCUUGAGGAAGUUAAAGUAAUUUUAGGGCAAUCCAUUCCGUUUCAGUCGCUUAAGCUCGACUUGCCGGAACUGCAAGGCGAUCCUGAGGAUAUCGCGAAAGAGAAAGCUCGUUUGGCCGCUAACCAGGUGAAAGGACCGGUGCUAGUUGAAGACACUUGCCUGUGUUUCAAUGCUCUUAAAGGCCUCCCUGGACCUUACAUCAAGUGGUUUCUUCAAAAGCUUGGACAUGAAGGUCUAAACAACAUGUUGAUGGCAUAUGAUGAUAAAUCAGCGUAUGCUCUGUGUAUAUUUUCUCUUGCUAUAGGGCCAGAUUUUGAACCCAUUACAUUUGUGGGAAAGACCAUGGGGAAGAUUGUUCCUGCAAGAGGACCAAAUGACUUUGGAUGGGAUCCAGUUUUCCAACCUGAUGGCUAUGAUCAAACUUAUGCUGAAAUGCCUAAGGAAGAAAAGAACAAGAUUUCUCAUCGUUCAAGAGCUCUUGCAUUGGUGAAAUCCCACUUUGCAGAGGCUGGGUAUGUUUUUGAAUAAUUUCACAUUCUAAUACAUUAUUUUUGUAGUUUUAAACAAUGUAUUAUGUGGGUGUGGUUUCUACUUUGUAUUUUUGGGUUAAUAACUCUAUAUGACUGAAAUCUUUUGCCA